UCCCUCGCCGCCGCCAUGGGGACGGAGCGGAAGCGCAAGGUCAGCCUCUUCGACGUGGUCGACCAGACCUCCGUGUCCGCCAAGCUCGGCCGCGCCGGAAUCAACGGCGCCGCCGCCGCCGCCAAUCCCUCCAUCAACCCGUGGAACGGGCGGCCCUAUUCCGCGCGCUACUUUGAGAUCCUCGAGAAGCGCCGCACGCUCCCCGUGUGGCAGCAGAAGGACGACUUCCUACGCGUCCUCCGCGACAACCAGACCCUCAUCCUCGUCGGAGAAACCGGGAGUGGCAAGACCACUCAGAUUCCCCAAUUCGUGCUCGAGGCCGAAGGUCUGAGCACCCGCUCCAUGGUGGCCUGCACGCAGCCGCGGAGGGUCGCGGCAAUGUCGGUCUCCCGGCGCGUCGCGGAGGAGAUGGACGUCACAAUCGGGGAGGAAGUAGGUUACAGCAUCCGGUUCGAAGACUGCAGCAGCAACAAAACCGUUCUCAAAUAUUUGACAGAUGGUAUGCUUCUGAGGGAAGCAAUGGCAGACCCGCUCUUAGAGAGGUACAAGGUGAUUGUGCUCGAUGAGGCUCACGAGCGCACGUUGGCAACGGACGUUCUCUUUGGGCUUCUCAAGGAGGUUCUAAAGAACAGGCCUGACUUGAAGCUCGUUGUUAUGAGUGCUACCCUUGAGGCAGAGAAAUUUCAGGGUUAUUUUAGUAGUGCACCAUUGAUGAAGGUUCCCGGUAGGCUUCACCCGGUCGAGAUCUUCUAUACGCAAGAGCCAGAAAGGGACUAUCUGGAAGCUGCUAUCAGGACUGUUGUGCAGAUACAUAUGUGUGAACCUGCUGGUGAUAUCCUUGUGUUCCUUACUGGCGAAGAGGAGAUUGAGGAUGCCUGUCGGAAAAUUAACAAGGAAGUUAAUAACAUGGGGGAUCAGGUUGGCCCUGUUAAAGUCGUACCGUUGUACUCUACUCUACCCCCUGCAAUGCAGCAGAAGAUUUUUGACGCUGCUCCACCUCCAUUGAGAGAGGGAGGCCCUGCUGGAAGGAAAAUUGUUGUGUCCACAAACAUUGCUGAGACAUCCUUGACCAUCGAUGCUAUAGUGUAUGUUAUAGAUCCAGGGUUUUCCAAACAGAAGGUUUACAAUCCGAGGAUAAGGGUGGAGUCCCUUCUGGUGUCCCCAAUUUCCAAGGCAAGUGCGCAUCAGAGAGCUGAUCGUGCCGGUAGAACGCAGCCUGGGAAGUGCUUCAGGUUGUACACAGAGAAGAGUUUUAGCGGUGAUUUACAGGAGCAGACCUACCCAGAAAUUCUUCGGUCAAACCUGGCAAAUACAGUUCUGACACUGAAGAAGCUUGGAAUUGACGAUUUAGUGCAUUUUGACUUCAUGGAUCCUCCUGCACCAGAAACUCUAAUGAGGGCCUUAGAAGUUCUCAACUACUUGGGAGCACUCGAUGAUGAAGGCAACCUGACACCUCUAGGUGAAAUGAUGAGUGAGUUCCCCUUGGACCCCCAGAUGUCAAAGAUGCUUGUCAUCAGUCCAAAGUACAACUGUUCAAAUGAGAUCCUCUCGGUAUCUGCCAUGCUCUCAGUACCCAAUUGCUUUCUCCGGCCUAGGGAGGCACAAAAGGCUGCUGAUGAGGCGAAGGCUCGAUUUGGGCACAUUGAUGGGGAUCAUCUGACACUUCUGAAUGUGUACCAUGCAUACAAGCAGAACAAUGAGGAUCCUACAUGGUGUUACGAGAAUUUUGUCAAUGCCCGAGCGAUGAAGUCUGCUGAUAAUGUUAGACAACAGCUUGUUCGUAUCAUGACCAGAUUCAACCUCAAGAUGUGCAGUACAGACUUCAACAGCCGCGAGUACUAUGUCAAUAUCAGGAAAGCAAUGCUUUCAGGGUACUUUAUGCAGGUUGCUCAUCUUGAGCGAACUGGGCAUUACUUGACUGUUAAGGAUAAUCAGGUUGUCCAUCUUCAUCCCUCGAAUUGCAUGGACCACAAGCCGGAGUGGGUCAUCUACAAUGAAUAUGUUUUGACCACAAGGAAUUUCAUCCGCACAGUCACCGAUAUCCGUGGAGAAUGGCUGGUCGAUAUAGCUCCACAGUAUUAUGAUCUGACCAAUUUCCCAUCAUGUGAGGCGAAGCGUGUCCUCGAGAGGCUACAUAACAAGCGCGAGAGGGAAAGAGCUGCCAACAGAAGUUGAAUUUGAUGAUUUCUUGUGGUUGCUUGUCGUUGGGAUCUGGGCAGAGCCCCCAGUAAGCUUUGGGCAAUCACUGAUAUGCAGUUGGCCUCCACCAUGUAUCAAGAUAUCUUCCAUGUCGUAAAUUUUCAGUAUCGUGGAUGGUGAAAUCACAAUGUACAACAUAUGUCGAAUGUGCCCUCUGCUACUGCAUUACGGCUUGAAAGUAGUGGCCUUAAUUAUAUGUUUGUUUUUCCUUCCUUUUAGAAGGUGUAGGUUGCCUUGUAGGUUAAUUGUGUACCUGUCUCCAUACUUUGAUGAAUCAAACAUUAUUGUCUUCCUUUGAAUUUUGCAUCAUUGUCUGUCAUAGUUGUAAUUUCGUUGGUGGCUGUCUUUGGACUAGCCUUGGUGUUGAGUCUGUACAACUUGUUA